AUGCCUAAUCACCGUAACAACCACCUCCCAACCCCAAUCCCCUCCUCACCGCCCCUCCUCCCUUCAUCAUCCUCAACAACAACAACAAACCUACAACUCACCGGCCAAAAGCGUUUCCUAGAAACCGACCUAUCAUCCGAUGACAUCCCCGUCUUCUCCAGCGAUGACCUACCGCCUAAGGAGGUCUUUGAAAACCCAUACCAUGCCUACCGUCGCUCCGCCAGAACCGUGAAGCGCCAGAGAAGUGGUACUGUUCAAUCGAUUCUAAAACACCGCGCAGAAAUCAAUUUCCUCUCGUCGGAUAGGAUAGAUCAUGAUUAUUAUGAAGAUGGUCUUCCGAGUUCAUCCAAGUCUAAGGGGUGCGACAAUGGCGACGACGACGGCGACAAUGAUGAUUAUGAGGCCGGUGGAAAUGAAAAUGAACAUGAAGAGGCGAAUACCAGCUUAAGCACCAUCCGUCCUCCAGCCAGUGAACCCGACCUUCUUCGAAUUGGAAUCCCUAGUGAUGCCGCCGGAACAGACCUCUCCGAAGACCCGCAGGAUACAGAAGCAAACCUGAUAAUCCAGAAGGCCAUAGAGAAUGGUUCUGAGGUUGUGGAUUUAAGCAACCUCUCCCUCACUCGCACCCCAACCGACAUCAGCUCCCUCUCCUCCCUAAUCCUCCAACCAAAGGACUCCCUCCCUUCCUCCUCCUCCCGCUCCACAACAACCGCCCCCUCCUCCACCCUCCAAAAGUCCACGAGCCUCCUCCGCUCCAGCUCCGGCAUCAACCCAACGGUCUCCUCCCCAUACACCUCCCUCCACCCCCAAAUCCACCUACAUCUCCACCACAACUCCCUCACUACUCUAUCCCCCUCCCUAACCUCCCUCCAAACCAUAACCGGUCUCUUCCUGCGCAAAAAUCUCCUAAGAAGUCUACCACACCACAUCUCGAACCUAACUGUCCUCACCAACCUUUCCCUGGGCGAGAACCUUCUCGCAUACCUUCCAUUCUCUCUAUUAUCCCUUCAGCAUCUAACCCCCACUGCAGGACUUUCUUUCUUUCCAAACCCUUUUUUUACCUUCAUUCCUCAGGAUUUACAUAUUCUUCCCAAACGAUCAGUGGUUAUUCAGGAUGAUGAUGAUAGUGGUGAUAAUGAUGAUAAUGAUAAUAAACAAUCAGAUCUCAUCCGUGUUCCAAAAUCAGCACAUACGAUACCAUCCAAUACCCCCACACCACCAGCGUUCAUAAAAUCAACAAUCACAAAACACUUUAUUUAUAACUUCAUAACCUCAACUCCACUCUCAGCCUUUAACGAACUAGGGAUCCUAGUCACACCUCCUCUAUCAUCAAUAAUAACCCACCCAACCCAAUGGUCACAUCUCACAAAACGAAGUCUAAAGGAUACAAACCUGCUCCUCCUUCCCGUUCGUCAACAAAAACCAAAGAAAAAAUGUAUAGAAAACAAAUUCCCUUCUUUACAAGAACUAUGUUUGAGAAAAAUAACAACUCAUACGAUGUAUACGUCUUUGAAACAAGAACAAAGGGAGGACUUAUAUGAACUCCUUCCGGAGCAUUUAAAACGGAAGGUUAGAGAUGCUUUGGAAGAGGGAAAUGGGAAGGAUGUAGCUGUGAAAAAAUGUACGGUUUGUAAGGCGGAUUAUGUGUUGAAAGGUGUAGAAUGGAUUGAGUUUUGGGAUGUGAUACCUUGGGAGGAUGUAGGAAGGGAGGAUGUAAUGGUGGAGUAUUUUAAACCUACUGUUGUGGAAAGGUUGUUGAAGGAAGCUGUGGAGGGUGAUGAUACGAAGAGGAGGGUAAUGGCGGAGAUGGUGAUGGGGAUGAAGUGGAAUAGGUUUUUGAAACGGUAUUUGGGAAGGUGGGGGGAAGGGAGGGCGAAUGUGGUGCCUUUGGUAAGAGAGGCGUGUAGUUGGGAAUGUGGAGAGGUUUGGAUGGGGCAAAGGGAGGCUGCAGAGGAGGAAAAUGGAGAUGUGUACUGA